AUGGCUAAUGCCAUUUCAAAAGACUUGUCAGCACCAGAGCGAUACAAAUACACGCCGUUUGAGGACUGCUACUCGGUUCGCAUUUUAACAUUGGAGCCUGGCGUUGGUGAUGAGCCAUUAGUCGGCCAUCUGGGCUCCGAGGGCCUUGAUCUGAAUCCGCAGUAUGAAGCCAUCUCCUACUGCUGGGGUACAGGUGGUCGUUCAUCAGAGAUCAUAUGUGAUGGAAAACCUCUCUCGCUGACAAAAAGCAUUGAGGGGGCACUUCGUCGUGUGAGGCACGCUACCUCUCAGCGUCGUCUUUGGGCUGACCAAGUCUGUAUUAACCAAUAUGACAUUGCGGAGCGCAGCCAGCAAGUCGGUUUAAUGAAUGCUAUAUAUAAGGGAGCAGAGCGUGUCUUGGUCUGGCUGGGUGAGGACACUGGGGGUGUCGCGCAUGAUGCUAUGACUAUGAUACACUACCUCGACGGCGUAUUUAAUAAUGAAGAGAUGCAUAACGAAUUCAAGAGGGUUCACUCGGAGGAGCUUUUGUUUCAGGACAGAACACCUUGGGUGCCUUUUUCAAAUCUGACGAGGUUACCGUGGUUCAGUCGAAUGUGGAUUGUUCAGGAGAUUGGAACGGGUGCUCCGGCCACGCUUUACUGGGGAGACGCUGAGGUUGACUGGGAGGUUCUCUCGUCAGUUGCGGGUGUCUUGAAUACAAAUUACCACUACCUGCGCUCGCGGUUCUCAAUAUUUACUCCUAAUAUCAGAUAUCUAUACCAGAGGUUUGUCGAGCCUGAGGAACAGUACGACUUCAACCAUAACCGUGCAGCAUUCAUAUAUGAGCUGCACCGCGCACGGCACUUACUAGCAAAGGACCCUCGAGACCACGUAUACGCCUUUCUGGGUCACUUCUCCCUCAACACGGGAAGUCAAAGCCUUACUGAGCUAGUAGCCGAUUACAGCAGGUCUGUUGAAGAUAUCUUUUACGAUGUAGCGGCUCGGGAACUCUCAGGCCGCGAAUCCCUUCUCGUCUUGUCUGCCUGCCAUGCAGUACCAGCAACGUAUCGACGCAGAAUCAUGGAGAGGGGGAAUAUACCGACAUGGGCUCCAGACUGGCGUGUUGUACCUCUUCACCUCAUGGGAACACCUGGUUCUCCCCACCGAGCAUCAGGGAACUAUUCACAGCCUCAGCUUUACAUCAAUGAUAAGAGACGAGCUCUACAUAUCCGCGGCGUUCGAUUGGAUCGCAUAAAUCGACCUUCGUGGAUCUUCUGGCACAAUGCUUUCCACUUCCGUCGCGGGGGGGCCAACAACCCGCGCCGUCUCCCUAUCGAAGCUGUAUGGCGCGACAUAUGUCGUAGCAAUCAACCGUUCAGCCUGGAUAAACGCUACCGCAAUGGCGAAUCUGCAUUUUUCGCACUUGUGCAAAGUCUCACAAACGGCUGCAUCGGAGUGGAUCGCUCGCGACCAUAUGAAACCGUGCCGAAGGAAGAGUGGCUCGCCAACGGCGCGGCAUAUCUUGUCCGCGCUCUAGACAACAAUGACGCAGUCAGCGAAGAAAUUCAAGAGCUUGCGCAGACGGGCGAUGGGUUCAAAUGGAGCCACGAAGCGACGCUGAUCACAAGGUAUCGAGGCUUUGCGGUUACUUCCAGGGGAUGGUUUGUAGUUGGUCCUGAUGUUAUGCAGGCAGGGGAUGUGGUUGUUGUAUUAUAUGGAGGCAAGUUGCCGUUUCUGAUUAGGAGGAAAGGGCCAGGUACUUGGAUACUUAUUGGAGAGUGUUAUGUUCAUGGGAUGAUGAACGGGGAGGUGUUUGAGCUUGAGGGGGUGCAAGAUGAGGAGUUUAUCAUUCUGUAG